CACUACGCAAUAAAAAAUAAUAUUGAUAACUGACCAACUGACGCGAUUUUCGUUUCACUUUCAGUUAUUAAUUAAAACGAAAAUAUAAUUAAAUCUGAAAAGUGAAAUCGUUCAGAAGCUAAUAUGAAACUUGAAUGAACGGAAUAUCAAGUCACAUAACUCGCAUGUGAUCAUCGCUGUGUUUCAUCAGAACAUCGGAUCAGUAAACUGUCAGAAAUUGAGCUUAUAAAAUGGGACUACCUCCGGAUUCCGCAUCUCUCAUUAUGCUGGAAAUUGGCAAAGAACUUCGGUUUUACGAAGACACUUUAGCAACGAUCGGACUGCUAUAUGUUGGCAAAUUGAGCGUUUCGUUCGGUUUGUCGCUGUAUAGAGGUUUCAAAGAGCACAUCUUGACCAAACUAUGUCCCAAUAAAGAACUCAUUUUUUCGUACGGCAAUUGGGCCAUGGUGACCGGUGCAACCGAAGGUAUGGGCAAAGCAUUCGCCGAAGAGCUCGCUCGUCGCGGACUGAAUAUCGUUUUACUGGAUACCGAUCUCUCGAAGCUUAAUGAUAUCUCGGCGGAAAUUGAGCAAGAAACUGGCGUCGAUACUCGCAUCGUUGAAGUGGAUUUUUUUGACGAAUUCGUUAUCAACGAAAAUCUCGUUGAGGUGAUUAAAAGCGUGGAAAUUGGCAUUUUAAUUAAUUCGUUUCAGACGGUUAUUCAAACGCCAACUCCGUUCACCAAGAUAUCUGCCGAAGAAAUCAACUCGCUUUUGAACGCCAACGUCAAAUCGCUCACCAUGAUAACGUACGUCAUCUUGACCGGAAUGUUGCAUCGAAACAAGGGUCUGAUUUUAAACGUAUCUGCUUUUUCGGGCCUUUAUCCGGUGCCUUUCAUCUCCGUAUACUCGGCUUCGAAAGCGUACACCGAAUUCUUCUCUCAAGCUCUCAACAUGGAGUGCCGAGGUACCGACGUCGUGGUGCAAACUGUUACGCCGGGUUUCGUUAAAACCCAACAAACGCUCGAUGAAAGCGUCCUAUCUUACAUUUUACCUACUAUGAAUAAUUUCGUACGUAACACGGUCGAUUCGUUGGCCGUUUCUUCGAGGGUGACCGGAUCUUGGCGUUUUUCUCUCGAGUUAUGGCUGCUGAAACGGAUUCCGGAGUGCAUUAUGCAGAUACUGGUUUACGAAUUGAUGAGCUCGGCUUGUAGAUAGAACCCACGGCGCGGCGUCCGCAAAACCAUCAAAUCUGAUAAUAUUAUAGUCGAUCGUUAUAAGUUGUAUUAUUUCGUUUUAUUUUUGAUCUCUGUAACAAAUGUCAUUUUUUUCUUGUCCUAGUCUCGAGCAACGAACGUGUUUCAAUUAGUAUUAUAGAUGAACAGCGCGUAUUUGUUUAUUAAUAUUAGGUAGGUAGUGCGUAGCUAUAAACAUAAUGUAGGUAACUCGAACGAAUUAGCCAUCGGCAAAUGAGAUGCGAAAUGAAAAUAGAUGAAAUUUGUAGCGUCUGUGGCCCAACGUUUUUCAUUUUCAGUCAUUUUUAUUACAAAGACGUACAAAUUCUUAUUUUACAAGUAUUAUAUGUAUUUUUUCGUCUUCAAUUUUUCAUUUUGUGAAAAUAUCGAUAAUGGUUACCUUCGAAUAUUACCACUUUAAUUUUGUUAUAAGUACGCCUUGUGUUUAUUCUUUUAUUCGUUUAAUAAUUCAUUUUACGCUUAUAAAGUAUUACGAUCUGUA